AUGAUUAUCUCCAUUAUAGCCCUUCUUAUCCUGCUUCGCUUGUCAUCUGCGCAAGCUGGUCUUAGCGUGAUCCCAGUGACCCCAACUACCACCACUAUUAGUGUGAUCCCGGUGACCCGAACUAUCACCGACCUUAGCUUGAUUCCAGUGGCCCCAACCACCUCCGCACUUGCCGCACACCAGACAUUCCAUGUUAAGGUUGGCGAUGGGCAGCCACGCUUUCAACCUAACCAGCUUAGUGUCAAUGUUGGAGAUCUUGUCAGCUUUCAAAUUGAAGGUCUCUCGUGCGAUCUGCUGUCGUCUCAGUACCCAUGUGGAAUCCCUGAAGCCGCGCUGGUUGAAGACGAGAAACAAUUUGUCGUGAGAGAUUCAGAGCCUCGUAUCUUCUUCUGUGGUCCAGCAAAGAUCGAUGGCUGUUCUCCGGACUUGCUUUUUAUUCUUAAUGCACCACAUCUAUCAAGCCAAACGUUCGGCCUACAUGGAGCUGCGAAAGCGGGCUCUAGCUCUCACAUUAUGAGCCUAUCCCAUAUUGCAAGUAGUCCCGUGAUGAGCAGCGCUCAUCAUCAGUCCUCAAGCAGCCCAUAUACCAGCCAAAGCUUUGGCCGAUAUGGAGCAGCGAAAACUAGUUCGAGCUUUCGCAUUAUGAGCUCAUCUCGUGUUGCGAGUAGUCCCGUGAUGAGCAGCGCUUAUCGUCGGUCCUCGACCAGUCCAUACACCAGCCACUCUGAACCACUGUUGAAGAGUCACGAAGCACCAACUCCCAUUGUUACCGCUUCUGGUAGGGCAUCUGGAACAACUUCUGUGUAUACCCCGACAGUGUUUCCAUCAUCACACGAAACCAAUUUUAGGUCGGCAGCUGGAGCAAUGCAGAUUAUUGGUUUGAACCUGGCUUGUGUCUGGCUUGUCGUCUUUUAUGCAUUCAAUACGCUGCACUAG